AUCAUUCAAAAGCCGUGUGUCCGAGACGAUGCUGCUACUGCUGCUACCCACCUUCCCUGCAAUUCCCUCGUGGCUUCUCCAACAUCAGAUCUCUCAUACUCGCUGCACGGCGCUGGGCCAAAUUGCACUCUGACACCGACUUUAUAGAGUCCAGAACUCAAACAUACAUAGGAUGUCUUCUCCUAAGACACAAAUCGAACUCCGUAUUUCAUUCAAGUUUGUAUCUACAUCUUUCUCCUUGCCUGUAUUGCGAAGAAUCGUGCCCUCAGAUUCAUCAUGAUUGAUGAGCUUCAGAUAGCUACGUUGAGGGCUGAACUGCUCGACAGGCUGAGCAACUGGGGUAAAUACUCGACUUACGAUGGUUCGUACGACCCCCGGACGUUCACAGGGAAGUUGGAUACGUUGGAGCUGCAACGCGUAAGGUUGGACACCAUGACGGCGGAGUUAGCCUUGUGGCGGGCGCGCGAAACGAAGCGCGAAUUCCAGACGGUGCUGAGGGAGGUUGAGUUCGAGGUGAUGCGUAGACUGGGGAGGAUCUUGGCCAAGACGGUGGACCCGGCAUUUGCAGGGACUGAGGAGGUGGUGGUGGAGGAGGAAAAUGGGAUGGUCUGUGGGGUUUGUCAAGAAGAAAUGCAGGAAGGGGACGAAGGAAGAAUGCUUGGGUGCAUGCACGAGUUUCAUACCGAUUGUAUAGUGAGGUGGCUUAGGAGUAAGGCUACAUGUCCUUUGUGUAGAUACCAGAUGCAGGUCAAAGAGUUUGAGCUGAACAUAUGAAAGAAGAUCAUGAAAGUGAAUCCAAUUUAUAAAUUUUCCUUUUUUAUCUUCUUUUUUAUUUCCUGAAUAAAUGCUAAUCUUUAUACUAA